GGAGCGCUGAUUGGAGGAGCCCUGAGUAUGGCGCGUGCUUAUAGGAGGAGAGGCCUUCAAGGUUCUCAAAGCGCCCUAAUUGGCUCAGUAGGCCGCUCCCUUCUUGAUUGGUGGCCGGAGGAGGAGUGGUGUUGAGGGAUGAGGGAAAAUAACUGUGUAAACUCUGGGAUAGGGAGUGAUUUUCACAGAUAGACCUCACCAGUAUGCAGUUAAAAGGGUAGCCAAUCGGUCUCUUUAGUGCUGAAGGCAGUGACUGAAUGUGGUUAGAAUAUAACUCAAUGAGAAUGUCAUGGAAACAAGUGAGAGUAUUGUAUUCUAGUAUCUGGAAGUUGUAGAGUUGGCGUGCUACAUAGGAUAGCCAGUCAGGAGGGGGAUGAUAGGGAGGACACAUCCCCUCAGUUUGGUUACUAAACACCAGGAGGAGAAUAGCGAUACAUCUACACAGACUUGAAGCAUGCCGUAAGAAAUGGGCUCUCGCAGCAGUAGCAACGCUGGCUCAGGGGGCCGUGACAACCAGGGCAGCUGGUCGCAGAGGGAUUCGGGGAGCCUGCGCAGCGAGGAAGAGGACGACGAGGAUGUGGAUCUGGCCCAGGUACUGGCAUAUCUACUGCGCAGAGGACAAUUUCACCUGAUGCAAAGUGGUGGAGCAGCCAGCGUCCGGGUGUUCCAAACCCUCUCUGAUUCAGACGAUGACAAUGAUAAUGCGUGGGAAGGGAGGCUUGGUGAUCAGUACAAACCCACAGUGGAUCUGAGGCCGGACACCCGAGACCUGGAGUGUAAUGAGAUCAAAACACGCAUCCAGCUGGCAACAGGCAGGCUGGGUUCAGGACGAACCGAGUGUAGUAUCCCAAGACUUCUUUACCAGAGGGAGCGUGGCCUUUGUCAUAACAGCAGUUUCUCUCCUGGCGAAUGCUCCCGGGUGGUGUCUCAUUUUCUGCCUAAUCACUUGGCCUUCACAGACUCCUAUUCCCAGAAGGCUUUCUGUGGAAUCUAUUCCCGUGAUGGACGACUCUUUAUGUCGGCUUGUCAAGAUCAGAGAAUCCGCUUAUAUGAUUGCGCCUAUGGAGCAUUCCGGAAGUUUAGGAGCGUCAAAGCCCGAGAUGUUGGUUGGAGCGUUUUGGAUGUAGCCUUCACUCCUGAUGGGGCCCAUUUCCUUUAUUCCAGCUGGUCAGAUUACAUUCACAUUUGCAACAUUUAUGGUGAGACUGAUACCCACACAGCACUGGAUCUGAGACCGGAUGAGCGCCGCUUUGCUGUCUUUUCCCUUGCCGUCUCCUCAGAUGGAAGAGAAGUGCUUGGUGGGGCCAACUAUGGCUGCGUCUAUGUGUUUGACAUGGAGCAGAAUAAACGGACACUCAAGAUUGAAUCCCAUGAAGAUGAUGUGAAUGCCGUGGCCUUUGCAGACACCAGUUCCCACAUCUUAUUCUCUGGGGGCGACGAUGCCAUUUGCAAAGUAUGGGACCGCCGCACCAUGAGGGAGGAUGACCCCCGACCAGUGGGGAUUCUGGCUGGGCACCAAGAUGGCAUCACCUUCAUCGACAGUAAAGGCGACGCGCGGUAUCUCAUCUCUAACUCGAAGGACCAGACGAUUAAGCUGUGGGACAUGCGGAAGUUCUCUGGCAAUGAGGGACUAGAAGCCUCCCGCCAAGCCGUCACCCAACAGAACUGGGAUUAUCGUUGGCAGCAGGUGCCCAAAAAAGCACGUCGCAAGUCCAAACUUCCUGGCGACACCUCCCUCAUGACCUAUCGAGGCCACGGGGUGCUCCAUACGCUCAUCCGCUGUCGUUUCUCACCACCUCAAAGUACUGGCCAGCAAUACAUCUAUAGUGGCUGCUCCACUGGGAAAGUCGUUGUAUAUGACCUCCUGACUGGCCAUAUUGUGAAGAAGCUAACCAACCACAAGGCUUGUGUCCGAGACGUCAGCUGGCACCCCUACGAGGAGAAGAUUGUCAGCAGCUCGUGGGAUGGGAACAUACGACUCUGGGAGUACCACCAAACAGAGUACGACGAAGAUGAUCUCGGAGACCCCCAGCAACUCCCUAGCACCAGAGAGCUGCGCUCUAAAUCCUCAGGAGCCGCUGAGCAGUAGCCUUGCCUCGCUGCUUGCUGCCAUUCUCCAAUUGUGGACUUGCCGUGGGGCAGGGAGGGGAAGGGAAGAGGGGAAAGUCUACCUUGUAUUGCCUGUGGCCUUGGAAAACGUCAUGGGGGAGGGGAAGGGGGGGUGACAUCACACGCCCCAUCAAAUUGUAGCUCUUUUCUUACUGAAAAUCGAAAAAUGUGAGGCCUGGGAAAGCAGGCACCAUUCUAUGUGUUGCUUUUCAGUCUGAUAGCUGCGGGGAAGUAAACUUAGGAUGUAUUGCAACUUCUUAGGGAGGCCAUUGGGAUUGAGUUUUGCAAUUCAAUAAUCCUCCUUGGUCUGCAAGGGAAUUUUUUGAAAAAAAAUCAUGAACAAGUAUAAAGCCAAACUGCUCCACCGAAUUUGGUUUUGUGCAUUCCAGGGCAUGUAUUUUUCUCCACCCCUUACCUAUUAGGGUUGGGUUGUAAUAUGUUCCAGGCUAGCUGGAUGUUUUUGUAUGAAAGGCACAAAGGGGGAGGGGUCCCCCCCCCCCCCCCACGUUCUAUGUUAAGAGUUGGCCUGGUUUGGGGAAUACAGGGAGAAGCAGCAUUUGGGCACCGUUUCCUCUCUGGGGCCAAGUGAGUCAGUGGGGGAAGAUAUUUAGCAACUACCUUUCUUUCAGCAUCAGGGUGCUUCUGUGGGGCUGGAGCUCUUUCUCCUUGACUUAGGAGUAAUAAAAAAGUCCUAUGGAGGAGGACACAUAUAUAGCUCAUCCACUACCCUCUGCUUGCAGAUAUUUUAUCUUCUCUGCAAAUGGGGGCAGAAAAAGACAGAAAUAGAUUGCAGCAGAAGGGACAGUUAGUUGGGCCAAGGGGAAGCCUUGUCCUGUAGCAUAUAUCCAGCUUUUCCUUCUGCGUGUUGUCCUUGACUGACCACAGGCUCCAGAUCAGAUCUGCCCCUUUCCUCUAGUAAUCCUCUUCAAGGAUCUCUCCCCACCUUUACAAGUGUCAGGUUUCUUAUGAGGUGGCCAUGAGAAUCAUCUGGCUGCCCCCCCCCCUUUCCUGCCCUAAUUGUGUCCCCAUUUCCUGGGACAAAAUAGAAGGCUCCUUUUGAUUUAUUUUGUUCUCCCUUUGGGGUUUUUACACCUGUUUCUCUGACACUAAUGUGGAUAUUAAGUGGGUGGGGAAAGUGCAGUACAAUGAGGUUUUCUUUAAAAUAUAUGUAAAAUAAGCUGUUCUUGUUUUGAAGUUUGGGGUAGGUGGGGCGGGAACAGCCUAGCUUAGGUUCUCCAUUUGUAGGGAGAACCGUCUUCCCGACCCUUUAGCAAAGCGGGGGCUGCUAGGACCAGAUGUAAGGGGAGCGUCUCCUUUCGUGGGGUUCCGCACACUCCCAUCCACCUGUGCAAACUGCUGUCUGUGUCAAAUAAAAGUUACGGAAAUUUUC